AUGGACACUGUACCUGUAUGUACCAAGUUUUCGGGAAAUAAUUAUUCUACGUGGGCAUUUCAAUUUGAACUUUUUCUUAAAGGAAAAGAUCUUUGGGGGCAUAUUAAUGGCACUGAUUGUGCAUCUAAUCCUGAUAAAUCCAAGGAUUGGGAUGUGCUUGAUGCUCGAAUUAUGUCUUGGCUUCUUGGCUCAGUUGAGCCACAUAUUAUCACCCACUUACGGCCUCAUCGUACUGCUCAUUUCAUGUGGACUUACUUAAAGAAAGUAUAUCAUCAAGAUAAUGGUGCUCGUCGUUUUCAGUUAGAGCAUACAAUUGCCCUGUUUUCACAUGACAAUCGUUCCAUCCAAGACUAUUAUUCAGCGUUUCUGACUCUUUGGAACGAAUAUUCUGCUUUGGUUAUUGCGGAUGUUCCUGUUGCCUCUCUUUCCACUAUUCAAAGUCUUCACGAGACUCGUCGUCGUGAUCAAUUUCUUAUGAAACUCCGCCCCGAGUAUGAAUCUGUUCGCUCUUCUCUGCUGAAUCGCUCGCCUGUUCCUUCUCUUGAUGUUUGUUUUGGUGAGUUACUUCGUGAAGAACAAAGGCUCAGUACUCAAGCCUCUCUGGAACAAUCUCAUGGUAGUUCAGGGUUCCCUCCUAUGGCUUAUGCUGCUCAACGACGAGGACCACCUGUUCAUUCUCGCACCUUACAGUGUUUCUGCUGCAAGGAACACGGGCAUAUUGCUGCUAAUUGUCCUAAGAAAUACUGUUCUUAUUGCAAGAAGAAGGGUCACAUUAUCAAAGACUGUCGUAUACGCCCUCAGAAUCGUCAGGCUCAAGCAUUUCAAACUUCUGUAGCACACGGCUCUUCCUCAGGUGCUUCCUCAGAUCUUGCACCUCCUGCAACAAAUUACUGCACACCAGAAAUGGUGCAACAAAUGCUAGUUUCGGCAUUAUCUGCAAUGGGGUUUCAAGGACCAGGUAACGGGGAAGCCGAUCGCGAAGGGACCUAAAGUGGGGCGUCUAUUUCCACUAUUUUUACCUGUUCCACUACUUUCUUCAGUUUCGUCUAUUAAGUCAUUUACUUGUCAUAAUGUUCCAGCUUUGAGUAUGAUGUGGCAUCGUCGUUUAGGCCAUCCCAAUGCUCAGAUUUUAUCUCAUGUAUUGCACUCGGGUUUUCUUGAUAAUGAAGAACGUUCUUCUUUAUCUCUUCAAUGUGAUUCUUGUAAACUUGGUAAAAGUAAAAUUCUUCCAUUUCCGUUACAUGCUAGCAGAGCUUCUCACUGUUUUGAUCUUAUCCAUAGUGAUGUUUGGGGACCUUCCCCGGUUAGUUCACGUGAAAAAUUUAAAUAUUAUGUGACUUUCAUUGAUGAUUAUAGCAGAUUCACUUGGGUUUAUUUUCUUCGCUCUAAAUCUGAGGUUUUUCGUACUUUCACUGAGUUUUUUUCGUAUAUUGACAAUCAAUUCUCUGCGACUAUUAAGACAUUACGCACAGAUUCUGGUGGUGAAUAUUUGUCUGCAGAGUUUCAGGCAUUCUUGGCUUCUAAAGGUAUUAUUCAUCAACGUUCAUG